AUGAAUAAACAAAACUAAGAAAUUGUAAUUGAAAUUCCAAGCAACCAAGAUGUUGCAAUUGAAAUUCCAGAUAACCAUGAAAUAUUUAUUGGUGUUCCUAAUAAUCAUGAAACAGGUAUAGAAAUGCCUAACACAUAAACUGCUUUUGAGAAUCAAGUUAGCUAGAGAAAUCCUAAUACUAAAGGUGUUGAUAUUGUUUGGAGGAACGUUAACUACACUGCUCAUACUAAAAAGUAUCACAGAGAAAUUUUAAAGGACUUGUCAGGUAUUUGUAAAGCAGGAGAAAUGACUGCAAUUAUGGGAAGUUCUGGUGCUGGUAAGACUACUUUACUUAAUAUUUUGUGCUGCAGAGCUACAAAUACUAAAGAAGUUCAGUUAUCUGGUUAAAUUGAAGCUAACGGAUAACCUUUUGAUGCCAUGACAUUCUCUAAUUUUGCUGCCUAUGUUAUGCAAGAAGAUCUUAUAAUGGAAACAAUGACCGUAAGAGAAGCUCUUCAAUUUGCUGCAAACUUAAAACUGAAAAUGGCACAAUAAUAAAAAGAUGAGAGAGUUAAUGAAGUAAUUAAGACCAUGCGUCUUGAAAAAUGCUAAAAUUCUUUUAUAGGAGGAGCUACUUUGAAGGGUAUCACUAAGGGAGAAAAAAAGCGUACAUCAAUAGCUUUUGAAUUGGUUAGUGAUCCUGAUGUAAUAUUUCUUGAUGAACCUACAAGUGGUCUCGACUCUUUAACAGCCUAUAAUGUUGUCGAUGUUUUAUAGCACUACGCAAAGCUGAAAAAUAAAACAAUUAUUUGUACUAUCCAUCAACCUUCUUCAGAAAUUUUCAUGAAAUUCGACCGUUUAAUUCUAUUAGUUGAGGGUAAAUUUAUUUAUUAAGGACCUAAAGAAAGAGUAAUUCAAUACUUUGCCUCUUUUGGUUUUCAAUGUCCUUAACUUAGUAAUCCAGCUGAUUAUUUCAUGAGCAUCAUGCAUGGUGAAUCAUAAAAAAAUAAAAAUAACUAUAAAACUUACUAUGAGCAUUUUGAUAAUGAAUUGAUGCCUCUCAUUAAUUAAGAAAUUGAAUAGCAUAGAACAGAUUUAAUUGUUAAUAAAUCUGCUCAAGCUCCUUAUUUUUCACAACUUAAAAUUCUAACUACCCGUUCAUUCUUAAAUUAACACAGAAAUCCCUUACUCUUACGUUCUAGAAUAAUUCAAUCAAUCGUACUAGGACUAUUCACUGGUAUUGUAUAUUCAACAUUACCUGACCCUGCAACUCAUGCAACCGAUUAACGUGCCGUUAAUGAUUUUUGCGGUUUGCUUUUCUUCUUGUGUAUGGUUAUGCAUAUGAACUCUACACUUCCUAUUGUAUUAACUAUCCCAAAUGAAAGACCUGUCUUUUUAAAAGAAGAAAACUCAAAAUUAUAUGCCGUUUCGCCUUAUUUCUUCUCUAAACUUAUUGUAGAAAGCUCAAUGGUUAUCUUAUUGCCUAUUAUUUUUACAAGCAUCUGCUAUUAUAUGACUGACUUAACUAAGGGAUUUGAUAAUUUCUGCUUUUUCGUAUUAGCUAGUAUACUCCAAAGUUUUGUAGGAAAUGCUCAUGGUAUGUUCUGCGGCUCCUUAUUUAGAGAUCCAAUGACCGCUAUAGAUAUAACCCCAUUGAUGAUCAUGCCAUUUAUGCUUUUUGGUGGUUUCUUUAAAAACUAAAAUGAUAUGCCUGCCUGGAAUAGAUGGAUUACAUGGCUAUCUAAUUACAGAUAUACUUUUGAGGCCUAUGCUCGUAACAAUUUUGAAGGAAGUGCUUUUAAAAUCAAUCCUGUUGAAUAACUCGGACUUGAUGUUGGUAAAUGGAACUGCAUUUACAUACUUUUUGGAAUUUUUAUUAUCUUACAAAUCUGCGCUCUCCUUCUUAUUAAAUUCAAAAAGUAGAGUUUAUAAUGA